AUGCCACGUCCACCUCUUGCAGGUGGCUCACAUUCCCGAGGCCUGAAUGAGGAGGAAGAGGAAAUCCAACCCUGUUACUGUCACCACCAUAUACCACCACCUCCGGAUCACGUCAAGAAUCUCAUCAGCUCUGGAGACAAUCAACUGAAAGAUUCAGAUGAUCCAGCCACAUUUUCCUUGAAAGGAAUGGCUAAAAAUAAGAGCCGCUGUGCAGGAAGGCAACACGAUACAAAAAACAGAAGUUACAAGAAAAAAAUGGCCAGGCAGACAUUCGGACUUGAAGAAGAAUCUUUGUCUCCAGAACAACUGGGCUUGAACUUGGAGUUCCAAGAGCCAUUGUACAAGGAGGCAGCAGUUGCUGAAAAUCUAUGGGAUGAUGACGACGACUGGAGAGAAAGAUACCCACCAUCUGCCUUUGAAAAAGUACAUCUGUCCAGGAUGUCCAACAUGACCCCAUGCAACCCUUACAGUUACAACUCACCUGGUCUUUCAGGAGUUGAGGCUUUUUCUUCAUGGCCCUUCAAUGAUAACGACACAUGUGACAGCUGUCCCACUCAUGCCAAGACAGUUGAAAAUUAUGGUCCCCACGAACAGCCUGUAGAAAAUGUGGAGUAUACCUCCUCACACCUGAGUUAUCAUGAGCUUAAGGAAGAAAACUGUAUGCUGAGGAGAAAAAUCAAGCGAAUCCAGAACUUCUCAGAAAGUCAGACACAGAUGGUGAGAAACCUUGAGAGGAAACUGCAAGCCACAGUCAAUAAAGAGGAAAAAGAAGCUCAGGAUUUGGAAGCUUUGGUGCAGCAGGCAGAACACAGUCUCCAGUCCAUGACUCAAAGAGCUCUGAAGGCAGAGAGUGAUCUUGAAAAGAUAAAACAGGAGAUGUACUUCCUCCAGGCUGAGCUAUCGUGCUAUAAGAUGGAAAACGAAAGUUUACGAUCUGGCCAAUCCACCAACAUGGGAGCAGUAAAACACCACAUAGACGUUGCUUUGCAAAACCUCCUCAGGGUCACCAGCCACGCACACGCUACUAUCCAUCAGCUGGCCUUCGGAGCUGAAACACUGACAUUUGUGGCUGACCUCCUUAAAUCUGUAGGCAGAAUGUCUGAAAUUGAAACAGAAAAUGGAGUGGAGAAACAAACGUAG